ACCUGUUUUGAAGAGCGAUAGCAGUUUUUCUGCUCUAUAAUUUAUUCACCAUUUUGCAUUGGAGUUGUAUUAACGUCAUAAUAAUACUAAAUGCGUUAGUUUUCAGUUGGCAAUUCCAACGCUAUAGCACAAACAAGUACAACGCUAUAUCAAAGCACCAUAGAAGAAAAAGAAUUUAUUUUUUUUCUCUGUCCUGUUUUUUUUGCUGCUCUGCGUGCCCGUUUAUUUACCUUGCUGCUGGAUAAAAAAUGGACACUGAGGUGGAGAAAUUGUUAUCCGCUAUUGAGACGCAAUUGAGGAAAGGAGGGGCAGAGCUUGGAAACUUGACAGCUCUACGGAAGACCCUGUACAACAAGGCAUCGACUGCCAACUUCCCGAGGAAGGGGGACAAGAUUUACGCCAAGUACUUCAAGCACCAGUUCUUCCCCGCCACCAUCGACUCCUUCGACCCCCAGUCGCACACCUUCCACAUCACGUGGGACGAUGGGGACACGGAGGGGCGGGUGGUGAGUGUGACUGACGUAGCCCUCGACAGGGUACCAGAAUCAAAUACAAUCGGCGUGGGAUCCAACGUCUUGUUCGCUCAGGGCUAUUACGGCAAAAAGGGGGACAAGUUCUCCGGCUAUCGCUGGCACAUGGGCAAAGUGACGAAUAUUGUGAAACAGAAGGAUGGAACCAGUCUCUAUGACGGAGUGCACGCUUAUGGCGAGGGAGAUGGAAAAUGGGUCACCUAUAAAGACUAUGAUUUCAAUUUUUCCAAACUGAAUUUGGAUCAGUUUCGGGUGUCUCCCAAUGCGCUGGAUGCUUUCGGCGUAACUGAUGUUGCAACGCCAAGUAAGGCUAAUUUACCCGCAGUUGACAUUUUUGUUUGCUACUCGGACGAAAAUACAAAAAACAAUUCGGAUGCAGUUAACCCCAUCAAAAUUAUUCAAGAACUUGAGUCUUCGCUGAAGGUGAAAACGAACUUGAAAGUGCGCAACCCGACUCUGGGCGAUGUUGCAAUCAUGAUUGGAUCUGCGAAAGUGUUCAUUGCGUUCAUUUCGAAUGAGUUUGCCAAUGAUGAGAAAUGCCAACAGCAGUUCCAGUAUGCCAAAAAGUCCAAAGGUAUCCCAGUGAUUCCGGUGGUUGUGGGACAUGGCUUCGACUGGACUCGAACUGUCGUAGGUCUAUUAAUAGCUGGAGAACUAUACAUCCACUUCAAAGACGACUUAGUGUUCAAACAGAAACUAGAAGAUCUCAAAAUGUCAGCUCAGAAAUGUCUUUCUGAAGCUACCCACGAGGGACCGACAGAGAUUGCAAAUGAGCCCACAAAACCCUGCGAUGGGUUCAUCAGUUACUGCUGGUCAAACUCACUCAUGUGUAAAAAGGCAAACGAAGUCAGUUUGGUCAAAGGUCAUGAGCUGGCUGACCCGAGGAGGAUCAAACAUGAUUUAGAGAGUAGAUUAGAGGGCCGCAAACUAUGGCUGGAUGUGGAGCAAUUAGGAACAGCCAAUCAGAAUGAGGGAAACGCAAGCAUGUUUGAACAAAUUGCACAUGGACUGGCGGACAGUAAAGUCAUCAUCUCAUUUAUAAGUUCAGAGUACAGUCAAAGUGCAAACUGCAACAUGGAAUUCAAUCACGCUGUGAAGACUAUGGGAAAGCCGACUAUUCCGAUCAUUGUGGGGGAGAGGAUGUCGGAUGAGUGGACUCGCACCCAAGUGGGCAUGGUGCUCGGAGAAAUCGAGGCUAGAGGAGCCAGCAGUGCCAGGAUAGAUCUGAGAGAUGUGAAGAGUGAACAAGAGUACAGGGAAAAAGUGGAGUUGAUCUGCAGUCGAGUGGCCCAGAUAGUGCGGGAGGAGGAGGAGAAGGGGGCUGCAGGGGCGAAUAAGAAGAAGUCGAAUGUGCAGCAGAAGUGGGAGGAGGCUGCACGCAAGAACAGCAAGGCACCCACCAUAGGUGACCACGUGAUCUCGCACUGGAAGGGGGGCCAGUUCUUCUUCUCCACCAUCGUCUCCUUUGACAGGGACUCCAUGUGCUUCACGGUCGACUGGGACGACGGAGACACCACCGGCAGAGUCGUCAAGUACAAUGAGGUGGCCAAGAAUGUGUCUGUGAGUAGUGCCUCCGAGGUGGGGGUGGGAACUAGAGUCCUCUUCCCCCAGGGACAGUACAGACUCACAACAGCAGACAACAAAGCCACAGACAAAAACACCAUUUCAGGAUACAGAUACUUCGAGGGAGAAGUGACAGAUAUCAAGACAGAGAAGGGGGGCAAAACACUGUUCAGUGGACACCACAGUCGCUACGACAAGUCAUCAGUGCCUCGCUUCAAAGAUGUCAAGUACGAGUUCCACGACUAUGAACUGUCUCAACUCCGACUAGCACCCAAUGCGUUCGAAGUACUCGGCAUGUAAUAUUGCAUCAACCGUCAGACUGGUCCAUCAAGGUCAUUUGAACCAAUUCUGGUCAACCCGGUGUCGUCCACUGGUUAAAGUAGUGAUUCUAAACCUGAUGCCACGUUUUUGGCAAUAUAUUUUUCGGUAAACGAAUCUGAACGAAGUUAGUUAGCCUGAAAUUGUUCUUUUUGACGUCUUAAAACUUUAAAAUGUUCUUUUCAGCAUCUAAAGUUGAGUAAAAAAACUCCAAUUAAAGCUGAAAAGCACUGUAUUUGACGAUUAAGUUACUCAAUGUCAACGAUAUUGCCAACACCGUGACUUUAACAACAAAAGUGUUCAUACUAGCAUUCACAGAUGUUAAAUGUAAUUCAGGUACCCGCUAGACUAACUUGGUUCACAGUUUGUGCAGUUUUGUAUGGUUUGUUACAUCAUGCAGUACCUUGUUGGCAAGAUAUCACACUUACAUAUGUUAUCAUAAAUUGAUUCCUCAAUUGACUACCUUAAAUCCUUGUACUUAUGAUCUGUAUAUAGCUUUAAAAAUGUUCA